CCUGUUCACACCCAUGACGGUAACUCUUUGCUAAAAAAUACAAUAAUGCUUCUUGGUAAAUGUUGAUAGUUCACAGUUGUUGGAUUUGGUGACUGCACAUUUUCUGAUUUAGGUUUUCAACUAACUAACUGAACCACUCUAUGGUAUAUAAUAUGUAAACGAAUGACUAAAAACAAUAAAAUAAUUAAAGGGUUAGGGUAUGAACUCUCCAUGUGACUGAAGAGUAGACAUGUCAAACACUGGAUGGAUACGAUCGCGCACGUCUGCCCCCCAUUAUAACACGCAAUGAAGUGCGGGCGCCAUCUUGCUUAGACCCAUCCACAUCAUCUAUGAAGCAGCUAGGGUGGGGGCGCUGGAGGUUCUGUAUGUGUGUGUGUCUGAAGGUUUUCGGAUUGGAGAGGCAGAAAUAAAGGGCAGUUUCGAGGAAGUGACGGACGAGGCUCAGGGGACUGGUCAUAGGAAGUUUGCUCGAUGGUUGUACCGUGCUGCUGAACGAAACUUUUCCCCCUUGAGCGACAGCGGCACCGUGGAUCAGGACGGACGGAUCCAGCGGCGGCGGGGGGAGCUUUUGUUUCCUCGCCACACUCGCAGUACUGUGGAAUAACUUGAGGUUGGGAGAAAAAAGAGGGGGGGUCGUAGAGGAAUUUCACUCCCGCAACCAAGCCCCCCUUUUUUCCUUCUCUUCCCCGCGCCUCCUCUGAUAUUUUUACUGGGAUCCGCGAUGGGGAAGGAGCAGGAACUUCUUGAAGCGGCGAGGACGGGAAACCUGGCCGCUGUGGAGAAGCUUUUAUCCGGAAAGCGACAGUCCGCUGGCACCGGCAGCGGGUCAUCUGGGACCGGUGGAAGCGGCAACAGCGGCGGGCACGGCGCCUCCUCUCAUACGCUCUCCAGUCUGCUCAGUAUCUGGAGGGGCCCCAAUGUGAAUUGUGUGGACAGCACUGGAUACUCCCCUCUCCACCACGCUGCCCUUAAUGGACACAGCGAGGUGGUGGAGGCGCUGCUACGAAACGAGGCCUUGACCAACAUCGCUGACAACAAGGGCUGCUACCCUCUCCAUCUGGCUGCAUGGAAGGGAGAUGAACAUAUCGUCAAACUGCUCAUUCACCAAGGGCCUUCGCACCCCAAACUGAACGAGCAGAGCUCUGUAGACCAUAAAGAGUUCAAACGCUGUGGGCCCUUUGACCCCUAUAUUAAUGCCAAGAACAAUGACAAUGAGACACCGCUGCACUGUGCUGCCCAGUAUGGCCACUCUGGGGUGGUGCGGUUGCUGCUGGAGGAGCUGACAGACCCCACUAUGAGGAACAACAAGUUCGAGACUCCGUUGGACCUGGCAGCGCUAUAUGGCCGCCUGGAGGUAGUCAAGUUGCUGCUCAGUGCACACCCUAACCUGCUUAGCUGCAACACCAAGAAACACACACCGCUGCAUCUGGCCUCUCGGAACGGACACCUGUCUGUGGUGGAGGUGCUGCUGGAUGCUGGCAUGGACAUAAACUACGAGACGGAGAAAGGCAGCGCUCUCCACGAAGCAGCCUUGUUUGGAAAGACGGAUGUGGUACAGAAACUCCUCAGUGCAGGUAUCGAUGUGAACAUUGUCGACCAAAAGGGCCUGACGGCACUGGACACUGUCAAGGACAUGCCGUCCCAGAAGAGCAGGGAGAUAGCUUCUCUCAUCCUCGGUCACAUGACUGGAAAACCCCCUGACAUUGACCUUCCCCCUCCACCAGUUCCUCCGCCUCAAGAGAGUCCCAGCCCGCGAAAAAAGAGUGAUUUGGAGAAGGUGAGUGAGUUGAUCUCGGGGCUGGCCCCGGGACCUGAGGAGGAAAGCCCGUACGAGGCUUUGUUCGAAGCCACCUCCUGCCACUCCCUGGACAGUCUCACCAGCGGCAAGUCCUCUGACAGGGACUCUGGACGGCCAGACAGUGAAGCUGGCAAGAAAGAUCGCCUGGUCCACUCAUCACAUGCUGGCCCUGGUCAUGAGGAGGAGGCCCUUUAUACAAACAGCAGUAUUGAUGAGAGAGGUGAGCCUGUUGAGGAGGAGGAAGAUCACACAUACGAGUUGUUACUGACUGCACAGACCAAAGUCCCGCCGCCCAGCCAGGAAUCCCAUUCCAAUAAAGAUGAGAGCACCACUUCACAGUCUUCCAAUAGUGUCCUACCUCAGCGUAAACUCACUGCCCCAAACGACCUCAGAGCCCCAAGCAAGACGAAAGACACCCUGCACCCUCCUGGACGAGUGGGUCCACGGCUACCGGGAGAUAACUCCCAGCUCAGCCAGGAUCAAGGAGCAGCUGUCCCGGAGCAGUUCACUGGCCUCCUGCACGGAUCUUCCCCCGUCUUCGACUGCCGUGAGGAGCCCUUCAGGCUUCCAGGUGUUCAGCCAUCUAGCCAAGGCCAGCCAGAAUCAAGGAAACCUACCAAAGUAAAGGAGGAAGCAGCAGCAGCAGCAGCAGCAGCUAGCCGUCCCAGCAUGGCCGCCAUUCUGACAGACUGUGAUCCAAAAGCAAUUUACGCAACUGUGAACAAGGAGCCCAGGGACUCAGGGGCUGGGGCAGGGUGUUCCAUUAGGAUGCGCCCACCUGGAGACCUGAAGCUGGCACGCAGCCUCUCCAAGUCUGACUCUGACUUGCUUGUGUCACCGCCUAGUGAGGACGAAGGAGGACUGGGAAACCGUAGCGAGUCUGUUUCCAACUGUAGCACUGGCAAAAAGAGGCUUGAGAAAUCUCCCUCUUUCACCUCAGAAUGGGACGAGCAGAAACCGGAGACUUCUUCCACUGCAAAACAACGAAGAUCUAAUUCCUUUGACAGCAUCGAGAAGAUCAUGACACUGAUUGGUGCUGGCAUCGAUUUCUCCAGAGAUCAGCAAUACGCUACACCAGGUGCUGCGGGCCGCCUGCUGGACCAGCCUGUGGGAGACUGGCUGGAGCAUGUGGGACUGCCGCAGUACGAGAGCAAACUACUCCUGAACGGCUUUGACGACCUGCACUACAUGGGAAGCAAUGUAAUGGAGGACCAGGACUUGAGAGAGAUUGGGAUCAUAGACCCAAGCCACAGAAAGAAGAUCCUGCAUGCAGCCCGUUCAUUACCCAAGGUGAAAGCGCUGGGCUGUGACGGCAGCAGUUCCCUGUCCUCUUGGCUGGAGAAUCUGGGCCUGCACGAGUACUUGCACAACUUCCUUGCCAGUGGCUACCGGUCCCUAGACUGUGUCAAAAACCUGUGGGAACUGGAAAUUGUCAAUGUGCUAAAGAUCUCCCUACUUGGUCACAGGAAACGCAUCAUUGCUUCUUUGGCAGAAAGGCCCUAUGAGGAGCCUCCAGUCAAGCCUCCUCGUUUGUCUCAGAUCAGGUGCCAUGACCUGCCCGGAUCCCAGACCUCGUCUCCCCUCAGUCAAAUGGAAUCCUACACAGGACGCUCAAUGGACCCUCUGCUGCCAGCAGGAGAGCUUGGGAGGAAAAAAGUGCCAGAUACUGACUUUGAUGUCACCCAAAGACAUCACGGCGAUCGACACAGAUCGCAAGAAUGGUAUGAAGAACGGCAUCGAGAGCCCCGUCUGACCCUGCGGCCACCUAGUCUGGCUGCCCCGUAUGCACCGGUCCAGAACUGGCAUCAUCAACCAGAGAAACUCAUCUUUGAAUCCUGCGCCUAUGAAGCCAGUUAUCUUGGUUCCAUGCUUAUUAAGGAUCUUCGGGGCACCGAGUCCACGCAGGAUGCCUGUGCCAAAAUGCGGAGGUCGACAGAACAAAUGAGAAAAGUCCCUACAAUCGUCCUCUCGAUCACCUACAAGGGUGUGAAGUUCAUUGAUGCAGCCAACAAGAACAUCAUCGCGGAGCACGAGAUCCGGAAUAUCUCGUGUGCAGCCCAAGACCCAGAGGACUUGUGCACAUUUGCCUACAUCACCAAGGACCUGCAGACCAGCCACCACUACUGCCAUGUGUUCAGCACCAUAGACGUGAACCUGACCUAUGAGAUUAUACUGACGCUUGGCCAGGCGUUUGAGGUAGCCUAUCAGCUGGCUCUGCAGGCCCAAAGGACCAAACAGCACCAGAACCUCCCAGUCGGAGCCAGUUCAGAGGUCAUCGAGACCAAGUCCAGCCGACCUGUACCCAGACCACGAGGCAGCGUACGGAAGUCAGGGGGGGACAUUGUGGAACAGGAGGGGGAUUCUCAGUCCCAGGGCAGUGCCACGUGGCUCGUGGACCCCAAGGAGUCCAAGCGCACUAUCAGCACUAACUGAACACUGUGGCCACUCCCAGCCAGUAUGAAAGGACAGAAAUGAGCCCUGUUGAAUGAUGUGUAGGAUGUUUUGUUGGAAAAGUGACCCACUUCCCCAUGCAGCAAGAUGUCACCAACAGUUGGAUCGUCCACACCACAGUAGGAACCGUAAACAGAUGCAAAUGUUUCAGCACUGCACGGUCCACCUGACCUCACCAGCUUCGGAAUCGGAAACAUUUAGCUUCCUGUCUGUCAGAAAGCCAUGGUUGUCCCAGUCAGAUGCAUUUGUCGUGCUUCAUGUAUUUCCUGAGAGAUUAAUGGUUGCCUCAUAACACCCAUCGGGCCUCCCUUAUAGAGUUUUUGUUUCAGGAAAUAUACCUGCACUAUGUGUUGUUGUUUUUUUUUUUGUAAUAAUACAACGGUACAACAGAGACCCCACACUGUAGGUACACACUCCUUCCUGGAUUAUUUGUCCUGUAUCCACACACUGUAGCAUCUCUUCGUGACCAACAGUUUCUCACCCGCAGCAUACUGUACAUGUAAAACUGUGAUGAAUAAUAAUAAGAAGAAUAAUAAGAAUCUUGCACAGGAGUUACAGUGUCUAACCAAACUCAAAGGGCAGAGGGACUAACACUACAAAGACUGUUUUGUAAUAAUAACAACAAUAAUAAUAAUAAUAUAACGGGGUGGCUUUUACUUGAUUUGAAAGUUUUCACUCUUUUCUGUAUGUUUUUAUUGUUUUAUAGGACAAUUAAGUGUCCUAAUGCUGGACAUGGAUCAGGUGUGGUUCACUGCAGUUCUCUCUCUCUCUGCUCCUUUUGUUCUGUUAAUCUAGACAAGAUUAUUUGCCAAACCUGCCAUGCAGGCUGGUGUGCAUUUAGAUUUUAGCUGCACAAGAGAACAGGUAGGGCACAGCAUGUUUCUCCUAGCUAACUCCCAGUAUGUUGACUGUUAAUGGUACGUCUUGGUCGGUCGAUGUGUAUAUGGGUACAUAGUCAGGUGGUUUUGAUUUAACUGUCGUCAGGCCAGUACGAUAACUCUAUGGUACACUGUCUUCGGCUCGCUGGUGUCAGCACCUUCAGCCAUCAGCCUGGUCUCGUUCUGCUUUUGCACAUUGCUGAGGAUCAGGAGUGAUAUUUCAGGACUAAUCUGAUGACAACAAUGAUGAGAAUGAUAUUGUACAUGAAUCUAGCAUUCUGUAUUUUGAUACUUGAAUGAUUUUUGAUUUUAUAGAUAUCUAUAUAUAUAUACAGGUAUAUGUAUGUAUGUAUGUAUGUACGUAUGUAAUUUUUGACGUUUGUCAAAAGAGAGAAGAGGACUAUGUCUUAUAAAGUUAAACAUAUCGUGAAUAAAUACCCUGUGAUUUAAGAAAAAAAAAAAAAGGCUGAGAAAACAAUGACUCAGAAGAGGGACCUCACUUCAGAAAAAAAAAAGAUUGUAAAUAAUCUUGGGCUUCCAGUCUUUUUUUUAUGAUUAUUUUUCAUAAUUGUACAACUAAUAAAUGGCUCAGUUAGAAA